GUGAAUUCCUUUCGCCUUCAAAACCAACCGGAAUGAAACUCGAAUUAUUUGUCUUUGACGUUUUUCCUUUCACUGAACGUAUGGCCGUUUUAGAGGUUGAUAGAAAAGAUGAAUUUUCCCCUCUUAAAAAUGCACCAGGAACUGGAGUAGAUGAUCCGGAUACUAGUAAAAAAGAUAUUAUAAAUCAACAUGUUAAGUUCGUUGAAAAGGCUGGUGGUAAGGUUGUACCCGGUGACGGGGACCAGCUUAUUUUUGAGAUUUCACCCUUGAUCUCAUAUGCCGGUGAAGGAUUGGAGAGAUUGAAUGGAAAAACAAUUAAAACACCUGCCGUUAUUGAAACCUUAGCGGAUUUAAACAAAUUUGAAUAA